AUGGUAUUUGGUUUGAGAUUAAGAUUCGCACAUUUGCUUCAUCUUCUUCUGGUGUUUGUCAUCGCAAUCGAUGUCAUCAGAUGUGAAGAAAGGGUUAAAAGAGACCAUAAAAUUAGUGACAAAAUCGGCGACGAAUUGACGGGAGAUUCAGACUUUGAGGAGUUUGUCCAACGGCUCGAAGACACGAAUGACCAGUCGUUACUGAAGUCGGCCGAAGACUCGACCGGAAAGCUGGACAAAGAACUGUUCGGUGAUGUGGCCGGAGAUGUGGUCAUCGAAGAGAUCACAGGAAAACCCGACAAAGAAGACGACGGCGACGGAGAGGUCGUCGAAGAAGAAGAGGUCGGGAAGAAGACAAUGAGUGGAAAAGGAAAGCCUGAGUUCAUCGAUGACAUCAAUGAUGAAGUGCUACGGAAAGGAUCGGCCGCUCAUAGAGGUGUAAAUAGUCGGCAAUCAGUGACUGCGGAACCGUUCGGUAAGUCAGACGCCGAAGAGUUCAGGCGCCGACUCGAAGUGCACCCAAACGUGGAGUCAUUGGUAGAGUCGGGUAAAGACACGGCCGGCGAAGAUAUUUUUGGAGAUAUAAAAGGAGAUGUAGUUAUCGAAGACAUCACUGGAAAACCAGACACUGAUGUCGACGACGGAGACGUUGAAGAAGAGAAGGAAAAGAAAACCGAAAGCGCUGUUCAUAAGAAUCAUGGAUCAGAUAAUCGCAAGAAAGUGAAUCCUGAAGAGUCAUUGGCUGACAAACUGGCCGCAGAUUCAGACGCAGAAGAGUUCAGGAAACGACUCGAAGACGACCCGAAUGUGGAAUCAUUGGUAGAAUCGGGUAAAGACACGAGCGGUGGUGCGGAAGACGGCGACCCAUUCAAAGAUGAUGUCGCGGAUGUGGUCAUCGAAGAGCUCACCGCAAAGCCCGACAGCGAAGACAAUGACAACGACGGCGGCGGCGCUGAAGAGGAUGAGAAGGAUGUGGUUCUGCAGCAAAGCGGUGGCACUCCUCCGGCCAUUUGCGGUCCCAAUAAUCUGCCGCAAGUCGUCGAAGCGUUUCGUAUCGGAACCGCUAACGAAGUGAUUCUGAUCUCAAGCGAUGGCUCGAAGAACACGUAUUACGAGGCGAAGUACACGUAUAAGGCGACAACGCACGAGCUCUCGUUCACAGACCUCACCGAACUUGAUCCCAAAUGGACACAAAACGCCGUCAACCAGACGGUAGUCAAUAUGGUUCGCGGUAUAGGCCUAUGGUUUCCUCUCGGCAAUGAUCUCUUGGCCGUCACUAACCAGAAGGAGGACGACAUCGACCAAUUGAUCGCAUAUAAGAUACCGGCGACAACGGCCGCCAUUGAGUCUAUAAACCCUAUCAAUAGGGUUAACGUAAAUCUGUACAAAUAUAAGCCAAACGAAGAUCCGGACAAUAUUAUGACACUAUUCCUAAAGUUCCCUCAGGAGGACCUCCACAACAGGAUUCAGGCCAUCAUUAACUCCCCCAUCGAUAGUGCGAGUGGUCUUCAGAGACGAUAUUUUGUCUAUUAUUACGAUAAGUUACCGGCGGGACAGCCAUUGCCGACUGGAGCCGACGUUAAAGGCUGGAACAUCCGGCGCCACAUCAUAAUCGCUAAACCCGUCAGUUAUGGUUCACAACAUGAGAUCGAUUGGACGCACGACAAGAACAGCAGCAAAGAUUGUGAGAUAAUCUUUUCAAACGUAACCGCCGGCUUCACUCUGUCCGACACUUAUGUCAAGAGUGGCAACAAUUGGGAGUUUACUAUCAUUGAGAUGUUUGACAGUCAGUACAAUAUCAGUACCGUAUCGCUUGACCAGACGGGAGUGAAAACGAUUGUUAGUGCCAAGAAGGGAAAAGUUGGCGACCUGUUUGGUUGCGCCGCCGCGACAGCCACUGUACCGCCUCCGCCCACCAUUGGUCCUCCGGGUGGAGCUUCAUCCGGAGCGCCGCCCGUAUCUCCCGGCUCUGGCGGCGCGACAGGUGGUGGUGUUAAUCCGGUGGGCGGCAACCAGACCUCCGUUCCCGGCGGCGACACCACUGUUAGU